AUGAAGUUCUCCAUUGCCACCAUCAUUGCCUGCGCAGCUAUCGCCAAUGCAGCUGCUCUCCCAGCUCCAGCUCCUGCAGCUGCAGUUGGGGAUCCAAAUGCAGUCGUUGCACCCUCAAUUGAGACCCAUUUCAGUGGACAAUUUGAUACCAAUGGAGUAUUGUUCCCCAAGGAGGACAAUGAGACUGAUCAAGCACUCCAAAAGCGUGAGGAGGACAAUGAGACCGAUCAAGUACUUCAAAAGCGUAUAGCACCAUUAGUCAUAAUGGGUACAGCGCUCGCAAUCAAAGGUGUUGGCAUCUUGACAAAGAUUGCUGUUGAAGUUGCUGGUGAUACCCUCAAGAAUCUCAAGAAGUGGAACGAAACACGUGAGGCCUUUACUCAAAAGACUACUCUCGAGAUGUGGAAAAGAAACCCAGAUUACAACAAGUUCCCUGCUGUUGCUUGUUACAACAAAGGUUACCAUCUCCAAAAUCCUAGUGGUCAAGAUGGAAGAGUAUCUGCCAAGCUCUCUCUUGGUCUCCUCAACACUGAUUACGACUGUCUGUUCAUGACUGGAAACAAUGCAUUUUAUACUCACAAGGAAGGUGGAUAUAUCAAUCUUUCCUACAGAUACAAUGGUAACCGUUGCAGUUUCAACAAAGGCAAUGGAGAUUUGACUUGCAGAUAA